AUGGCCGAUGUCAUUCCGGAUGUCAACCUGGAUGGCAGGGAAACAACUGCAUUACAGCACUCAUUAUACGAACAGUUUAUUUCAGCGUGUCUUGGAUCCUACGGUGACAAUUGCUCCAAUUCCUGCACGUGGAAUUGCCGUGGCAACGCAACGUGCAAUAACGAAAAUGGACACUGCUCAAACGGAUGUAAGCCAGGAUACGAUUUUUCAAAGGACCCACUCUGUUCUACAGCGUGUGAUGGAUCCUACGGUGACAAAUGCUCUAAAGCCUGCACGUGGAAUUGUCGUGGCAACGAAACGUGCAAUAACGAGAAUGGACACUGCUCAAACGGAUGUAAGCCAGGAUACAAUUUUACUAAGGACCCACUCUGUACUACAGAGUGUUCCGGCUAUUUUGGAAAUAAUUGUUCCUCGAGAUGUCACUGUAGGAACGAUAGCGAAACAUGUAACAUUUUGGAUGGACAUUGUACCUCAGGUUGUGCGGAAGGUUGGGGUGGUAAUAACUGCAGUAUUGAUCACAACAUACUCCUCGCUGGUAUUUACAAUCCAACUGCUACGCAGUCUAGUACAUAUAGAUCAUGCGAUGCCUCAAGAAUAAUUGAUGGGGUUCUUUGGACUUAUGACACGAAUAACUGUAGCAAAUGCAGUGCAACAAACGGUCAAGACGUGCCAUGGGCACAGAUUGCACUCAACAGACAAAUAGUUGGGUCAAGCGUUCGGAUCUUUGGACGGAGCGAUCCAGCACAGCAGAGCCAGUAUCUGUCUGUUUACAUCCGUAAUGAUACAAGAGCUGAUGGCAAUGAAAUAUUGAUUGGAAUAAUCAAUGAUACGAGUUCCGAAAUUGGCGAACUAAUACACCUUAAAAAUAGGACAUUUAGGUAUCUCGUUGUUGAAAAGUCUACAACAUCUGUCAUGGCAAUCUGCGAAAUCAAGCUAUACAAAGCAGAGUGCCAGGAUGGUAAUUUCGGAGACAUGUGUGCCCUUGAGUGCCACUGUUUUGAUGGUAAACCAUGUGAUACGGUUACUGGCCAGUGUAACAGUCCAGGAUGCUUUGCCGGAUGGCAAGGGGAGGCUUGCAACAGAAGUUUUGUGGUCAUGGAGAGUCUCCUGCAUUAUCUUCUCGAAGAAAAGGUUGAACAGGACGGGAGAGAGCAGACAUGCCUUACGGACGCCCACUGGUGUCCUGAGGAAGUCCUCCUGCUGUUCGUUGAAAAUGGCGUUUUCGUAGAGUUCUUGAAUGAUAUGCACCAGCCCUACGUCAAUGUCGAAUCCUCUCAUAACAAGUCAUAG